AAACUCAAGCCACUCGAGGCCCAAUAAAACUUCAUUUAUUACCCUUCCCCAAUCUCCAAUCUCCAUUUUAUCAACAAAAAAAGAAAAAAGUCUCCGAUCUCCACAUCUCUGGACUCUGGAGCGCCUCUCUUGUCGUGUCUUCUGUUAGCAAAGUGAUGCUUUGUCCCUGCCCUGCGCUCCACAACUUCAGCUUCCCGUCCAAUUAUCUCUGCAAAAUAAAUCUUUGCUUCGUAGCAGAUCCAAGCAUAAACCAAUGCAUCUGGCUGUAAACGCAAUUCUUCCACUCUCUUCUACAUCUGUGAACUUUAUUGAAGAAAAUGGUAGGUUAAGCCCCAAUAAGCAAUCCCAUUCCAACCGUAAUAGAGGGCCUGGUUUCGGUGGUGACAAUGUUUACGCCUUACCCUUCAAAUUGGAAAUUGAGAACCCCCGUAGAAUAACCGUUAAAAAUGAAGCUGGCAGAAUUGGAUCGCUGCCAACGCCGUCGAAAGAAGGGACUGAAAUGUUCAUCACGUCUCAGAAAGAUUGUGAGAUUCAAAACAUAUCUGAAUUCAAUGACCUGUUCGCGGAUUUCGUCUCAGCGGAAGAGCUCGAUCUUGCGUUAAGACUGUUGUCCAACAUAUCAUCGUAUGGUUUGGUCCCAAACUCUAGAACUUUUUCCAUCGCGAUAAGGUGCUAUUGCAAGAAAGGAGAUUUGGAUAAUGCGAAAAGGGUUUUCGACCAAAUGCUGGGAAGCGGUUGUAACCCAAACGACGCAACCGUCACAGUUCUCGUGAAUGCUCUCUGCAGAAGGGGCAAAAUAAAGCGAGCUUUAGAAAUGGUGGAGCUCGUGGGAAGGAUUGGACGCAAGCAAACGGUUCGGACGUACAAUUGUUUGUUAAAAGGACUGUGUUACGUGGGGAGAGUGGAAGAGGCAUGCGAAAUGGUGGCGAAAAUGAAGAAGGACGGCUUGGUACCUGACAUUUAUACGUACACCGCUCUAAUGGAUGGCUUGUGUAAGGUAGGCAGGUCAGAUGAGGCAAUGGAAUUGCUUAAUGAAGCCGAGGAAAAUGGUUUAGAGCCAAGCGUGGUAACUUUCAACACCCUCUUCAAUGGCUACUGCAAGGAGGGGAGGCCACUGGAUGGGAUCCAUGUGUUGAAGAAAAUGAAGCAAAUGAACUGCAUGCCCGAUCGCAUCAGUUACACUACUCUGCUGCACGGGCUGAUAAAAUGGGGUAAAAUCCGAACAGCUUUAAGGACGUACAAGGAGAUGGUCAGCUCAGGCCACAGCGUGGAAGAAAAAAUGAUGAAUACCUUCAUGCGAGCGUUAUGCAGGAGAUCCUGGAAAGAGAAGGACCUAUUGGAAGAUGCCCAUCAAGUGUUCGAGAAAAUGAAGAAUGAAUUUCAAGUUAUUCAUCGGAGUACGUAUGGGGUGGUGAUCCCAGCACUGUGUUCGGGAAACAAGAUUUCGGAGGCUGUGGCAAAUUUGCAUCACAUGAUUCGAAAAGGAUACUCUCCGAGAGCCAUUACAAUCAACGUCGUCGUUGAAGCACUUUGUCGCAGGGGAAGCACCAAUGAAGCUCUUGGUGUUGUGGGACUGGGACUAGUGGGAGACGGGCAUCACCAUGUAAUCCCUUUCAGCAGAGUUUCUUAUGACCUGAUAAUCGAUGAGCUUAACAAACAGGGAAUGUGGUUUGAUGCUUGUAAAGUGUAUGGUUUGGCUUUGAAACGAGGUGUCAAACAUACGAAGAGACCUCAACGAUCAAAUAUGCAUAGUCAAGUCACGGCACUAUAUCCAUCAGAAAUGGCUCCUGCCACGAGAGGGUGUUCUACGUAAACCCCCCAAAUACUGAUGCUAUCAUUUUUAGGUGGAAGAAU